ACCCAGUCUCCCUACCCACCGCUCAUUCUCGCAAUAGGAGGAGCUGAGGCGGCUGGUUUCUCCCCUUUCGCUCCAGCUGCAAUCUCAUCUCGAUCUCCGACCCUGAUCGUCCCCAACCUCCCCCCUCCCCACACAAAUCCAUCCACAUACCCAAGGCGGAGAGGAGAGCCAACCGAUCUAGGAUCCAUCCACACACCGGAGAGGAAGAGCUUGACGGCUCUCGAUCUGGAAUCCAUGGACAGCGAGCUGGCUGAUUUUGCUGCUUCUUACCUCGGCGAGGAGGAAGCCGUCAAGAAGCCUGACAGCAGUCCAUCCGCAGGAGAGCGGAAGGUAUUGAUUUUACGCAGGUCCCCAAUCACACAGGAUCCCCCAUUCCUGAAUCCCCCUGCUUAUGGCUACCCGGACGGCGGUGGCGACCAGCCAAGCUUCGUCCUCAUCGAGCCACACGCCUACUUUGCCGACCGCCUCAACGCCACCACCGCCGACUGCGGCUUGGAGGGUCUCGGUCUCCGGGGGAAAAUCAAGGUCACCUUCUGCACCGCCCAACCGCCGCAAGUCUCCUACCUCUGCGUCCAUGCCACCGACUACGACCACACCGCCUUCGCCUACCCGCCUCACAUAGUCGCCACAGAGACUGAGGGCGGCCUCGUCCUUCUAUCCGUCGUAGUCGGUGGCCGCCCAUCCUAUGCCUCGCUUCGCCUCAAACAACACUACUUUGUCUACAACGCAAGCGUCCCUGAGCUCAAGCACAUCAAGCAGCCGGGCGACGACCACCCAGUCAACGAUCACUCCUUUGCCAUUGUGAGCAAUGGCAAACCUGACUGCACCUUCGUCCUUGCCGCACAAGCUGAUAGGUUUGGGCAUGGCAAUCCUUCUCACCUCUGCCUGUAUCAAUCUGGUACCAACUCCUGGAGCAAAGUGCUGGUGAAUGUCGAUUCAGUCCCCUACCAGCUCACCACAUACAAGGCAAUCACCAUAAAAGGAGAUUUAGGCCUAGUAGCCUGGGUCGAUCUCUCACAUAUGAUCACCUUCUGCAACGUGCUGGACAAAAGCCCCAUCGCUGCCUAAGCUGAACGUCCAUGAAGGUGUCACAGCUCAGCCAACCUUGUCGACUCUCGACAUUGGCCUGCCCAAGCUGAGUCUCCAAGAUGAUUGCAUUCUUUACCUCCUAGCCAAGAUUGACUAUCGUGACAAGGAACACACAGCAUGGGUGCUUGCUGUUGACAUGAAGAACAAGACUGUCCAGAGAGUGGCCGAGUUUAGCCCCAAAAGGUCUAUCGCCUUGUCCACCGGCUACGAUUCAAGUAGGAUCUCCAAAUAUCUCAAAGUUGGUCCAGAAACCCACCUAAUGUGGAUUGUUCAGAUAGUCCAUAUCAGCAGCACUACUUCAUUCAUCAAGAGAAGCUAGUAUAGAGCCAUUAUGCCUCCAUGAAGUUUGCACCUGGCAUCCUGGUAGCAACCAAGACUGGAAGUGACACCGACAUUGACCGAGAAGCAUUCAAGAUUAUAAAAGGAGUUGGGAUAUACAUUUUUAUUGAAGUUCUUGGCUGCUGAGAUGUGUAUCUUUCAGGAGGGUACCACUCAAUCCAUAUGUCCAUCCCUACAAUACUGCAGCAGAAAGACAAAAUUUAAAACUACAUCUCAUUGGCUACUCUCCAGAUUUGAGCGUCACCUUUUGUGCAUUCGCAUCAAAGAAGAGAAGAGUAGGAGCUAGCAUACCUGCCAAUGGGCUGAUGAUGGUGAAGUAGCCCGCAAUUACACACAACUCUGACACGGGAAGCCGGCUCCUCCGCGCUGCUGAGAUAUGGGAAACAAUGGACUAAUAAGUCUCAAUGGACGACUACUAUUUUUGAGCAGGUUUGCAGAGAGAAAGACGAACUUGGUUUGACAUGUGCUUUUCUUGAACAGUUCUACGCGGGGAAUGAAGGUACUCGAGUGGUUUGCGAUGCUUAUGGCAGCGCUAGGACUGCACAGGGAAAAUUAAGAAGGAUUUAAAGGCAGGCAUAAAGAACCCAUAUAUAAUACAAACUGAGACACAUGGUUACCAUUGGCAUCUUCAGUGGCAUCUGGUUCUUCUUCUUUAACUGUCACUUUCUGCAAGCAAGUAGUAAAGUUGUCAACAUGAUAUAUUUCUUGGGUGUUUUAGCUGGGAUGGUUAAUCGGAAAGCAUGAGUAUAUUUAUAAAUCUGAAACUUGCUCAUGUGAUUUUGAAUCACAAGUUUUAUAAUUAAGCACAGGUUCACAUUAUCUAGAGACUCAGAGUUAGAUUUUAGGCUAUAUCUAUGGCACACAGUACUGUAUCUUGGAUGCCUAGGACUAUUAUUUUGUGUAUUUCCAUUGAACAUAUCUAUUUGUGCA